UAUUUGAUAUAAAUUUUGCUUAAUUAAAUUUUAAAUUAUGAUUUGAAAAAAUUGAGAUGAGAGGUAUUUGAGAUAUUUGCUCUGUAACAGAAAUUUCAUGAUUCUAUUUUUGUUCAAAAUUACAAUGUCCUCGGUGUUUAAUAUUAAAAUUAUGGUAUAUGGGAAUGGUAUAUGGGAAUGUAUUAACAUUUCUUUAAUGUCUACUAAUAAUUUUAUAUACGUUCUGUAUUUAUGUUAUAUAUUAUUAUGUAUAAAAUAUCCGAUGAUUUUAUAUCUACACAUGCCGUGUUAUUUGCGUUACCGUUUUAUAUCUUUCGUAAAAAUGCAAAUCGAAACGAUACAUCGUAUGCUUUAGUAGAAAAAUAUAUAAAAGUGGCAAAAAGAAAAAGAAAAUCAAUUUUCUCUUAAUCCUUGAAGCUGCGAGUAGGAUGAAAAACCGGAUGUCCCUUAAGAAGAUAUUAGACUCACACACUGUUGUUAUCAUUAUGUACCAUUUAAUCAUGGCACAAAGCAUCCCGGUGCUAUUCGUUGCUAUUAUUUAUCCGACAAGCCGAAAUGAGAGCAGAAAAAGGAAUAGUGAGGAGAAGAAAGCAAAACAAAACAAGACAUAAGGAAACAUAAGGAAAAAUGGGCGGAAAGGGGAGAGCGGUCGUACAAAUUUAAAAAAAAAAGGAAAGAGAAACGAUGAAACGGGAAAUGACGCUCUUUAAAUGUUUGGCAUUGCAGACACGGCGGAUUGCGGUAGCAGCGGUGAAUCGGCAGAUAUACCUGGCAGCAUAACUAAAACGCCAGCUAUUAGUCAAAAACGACACCUCUCCCCUCCUGGAGGUUUUGACGCACCAUCGUGCGCUAAGAUGCCUAAACUUCUCAACAAAAAGGGUUGUAACGACAUGUCUCAUCGAUUGGACAGCAAAAAGAUGCUCUCUUCCUCCUCUUCCUCUUCCUCACUGUCGAUAUUGUCAUCAUCAUCGUCAUCAUCAUCAUCAUCAUCAUCGUCAACAACAACGAGGUGCUUGCGAGCGCGCAAAACAUUCACGCAGCAGAUGCUCCAAGCGUUCGAGAACACUUCUCUCACGUACAGCGGGAAUGCAAGCAUAAGGGAUCGAGGUAGUGAUGGUCGGCGAUCUGACUAUGAGGAAUCGUCGUCGGACGGUAGAUUGUCUGCGCGAGAGGACAUCAUGACUCAGCACUUUGGUUUCGAACUAAAGGAAGCACGGGUGUUGUUGUAUGAUAUCAUGCAUAGCGAGAAAUAUCGUGAGUUAACGAUAAUGUCCGAUAAACCCUCUUCGGCUUCCGAUAAGAAGUCGAAGCUUUGGGAAGUAGAAAAGAUUCUGCAGAAGCGCAGGCAGAAUGGCGAAUCAUUUUAUUUGAUCAAGUGGAAGGACUGGGACACCGAGUACAACACGUGGGAACCGGUGCGUAAUCUCGUCAACUGCAAAGAUUUGCUAGACGAGUUUGAGAACGAACGGCAAAAAUUAAUCGAUCAAUUCAAGGCAGCGGCGAAUUUCUACCCGGACGCGCGCGACAUCGAGCAUUUUCUGGAUCAACUGCGGCGUAGUAAAAGCGUGUCGAUUGAUGACGCCGUGUCCAAUGCCGCCGCCGCCCUCUUCGAGGAUACUAUGUACAUAGAGAUUCGACGUUUCCUAAAGAAUUCGUCGCACGGUACCAAACUCGAGGCGAAGAUCAAGCGGCAAAUAAUGCGCACGCUGCUAAUUGAGCUGCGUUAUGAUCAACUCGAGUCGCUGCAGGACUGGCAGAACGAGAUGAAUAGUAUUACAAAGGGCAAGCCGACGAUCCAAGUGGAGAACCUGGUGGAUCUCGAGAGCGCGCCGCAGGACUUUUACUAUAUCGACAGUUAUUUGCCGGGCGCGGGUAUUAUAAUACCAGACGAUCCGCCGAUCGGUUGCGAGUGCGUCGGCGACUGUGAAUCUGGCAAUAGAUCUAGCUGCUGUUUCGGGCAAAACGGUGCUACAUCGUUGCCGUACACGUCGGCGCGUCGGAUACGCGUGCCACUGGGUACGCCCAUCUACGAGUGUAACAAACGUUGCGCCUGUCCGUCGACCUGCCCGAAUCGAGUUGUACAGCAAGGCAGCGGUACUCAACUGUGCAUAUUCCGCACGGACAAUGGACGCGGUUGGGGUGUGCGCACCCGACGCGCGAUUAAGAAGGGCACCUUCGUCACCCAGUACGUGGGCGAGGUAAUUAGUAACGAAGAGGCGGAUAAGCGCGGCAGACAGUACAAUGUGACCGGUCGUACGUAUCUCUUUGACCUCGACUAUAACGAGACUGAUGGCCAAUGUCCGUACACCGUGGACGCCGCUAUGUACGGCAAUAUUUCGCACUUUAUCAAUCAUUCAUGCGAACCUAAUCUCGCGGUUUACGCGAUUUGGAUCAACUGCCUAGACCCGAACCUGCCGAAUCUCGCGUUGUUUGCUAUUAAAGACAUCCGACAGAACGAAGAACUCACUUUCGAUUAUAUGUGUCAAACGCCGCGGGACAACUUGAAGAGACAGCAGCUACUGGACAAUGAACCGAAGAACGAAAAUGCAGUCUCAAAAAACAGGAUACUUUGCAAGUGUGGUGCUUCAACGUGUCGGCGGUAUCUGUUUUAAAAAAAUAUUCCGCUCUGCCGCAUGACUUUCGCGAGCGUCAACGUCCGUUAAUGUUGGCUCUGAUUUAACUGAUAAUCUUUUUCUUCUGUGUAGAAAUUUCGAUAUGAAUUUAUGUCUUGCGAUAAUUUUGUUGACGAGUAUAUUAUCAAAUUGGUGACAAUUUGAAAAAAAAGAUACUGCACUCAGGAUUUGUUAAUCCAGAUUGAGAUAGUAAACUCGACCAAGUACUUUUAUAAUUAUUCAGUAUUUUGUUGCAAUCACGUUUCUAAACUUAUCCUUAUGUUUAUAAAUGUCAACAAAAUUCUGAUUAAUUAUUUAAU